AUGGCCGGUUUAAAUACUCCAUCUAUGUCCCCACCCAGUCGUCUUUAUCUAGCCGAAGAUGAUAGACCUCCCAAUCCACUUAAAGACAUUCUUAUCUUUGAGAAGUAUCUUAAUAAGAGAUAUAACAAAGAGACUAGAAGAAGAGUCUUAUAUUCAGCUAUUUUAAUCAAUACAGCUAUUGCUUAUAUUUAUUACGUCACCAAACAAGUCUUUGAUACACUUUGUGAAUUAGAAAGAGAUAGACCUAUUCUUCUCUCUGCCUUCUUAUGGCGUAUUUAUAUGAAGAUGCUUGGUAUUGUUCUACUACUUUCUUAUAUCUUUAUUCGACUCUUCCGUAAAUCAUCUAAACUAACUCAAGCUCUAACUAGUCAACUAAAACUCCUCAAUAUCUACUUCCGCAACCAAAAGAUCAACUUAUGCCGUAUCAAAACCCCCUACAACAUCAAAAAGGCCCUUAUUCUCUUCCGAGAAGAAGAACAGAAACGUCGUGUCCAUUGGCUCAAAGAAGACUAA